AUGGUCACAUUCUCUAAGAGACGCACUGGUUUGUUCAAGAAAGCUGUGGAACUAGAAGACAAGACCGGCGCCCGUGUGGCAAUGGUGGUUUUCUCCCCCAGAGACACUCCCUACACUUACGGCGACAUUCCCGCCAUGUCCGACCUUCUCGACAAGAUCACCAACAACAACAACGCCGUCGUUCCUUAUGGCGCCGAGCAAAUGCAGGAGGACAACGCCGCCGUCGCCGCCACUCCCAGUUCCAAUUACAAAAACAUAAUGCGCUGGGUCGAUAGUAUCGACGUGGAUGGAUUUGUGUUAUCAUGGUUCCCAUUUGUCUCAGAAUUCCAGACCAGGUUGCUCUUCAACCAGGCCUUCAGCAGAGGUCUCCAGAUUUCCAUGAUUCUUGCAGGGAAGAAAGCAUCUGCAAACGUCUGA